AUGUCGUUCCAGAACGUCGUCGAAAACUCCACCACGGUCAACCUGAAAAAUGGCACGACCAACGGCGCCACCAACGGCCACGCGACCGAGCACAAAUAUGACCCCAACUUCACCGACAGCCUCAUCAACGCUAUGGGUCCCAAGACUCCCGACCGGGCCAGAUUUGUGCUGGGGAAGCUGAUCCGACAUCUCCACGACUUUGUGCGCGAAACCGAGCUGACGCCUGAAGAAUGGAUGCGAGGCGUGCAAUUCAUCAACGCGAUCGGCCAGAUCAGCGACUCCAAGCGCAACGAAGGACAGCGAAUCUGCGAUGUGUUGGGUAUUGAAUCACUGGUCGAUGAGGUCGCCAAUAAAAUCAUGCUGGACAGCGACGAGACGCCCACGUCGUCGACGAUUCUCGGACCCUUCUGGAGCCCCCACGCGCCAUUCCGGGAGCUCGGGGACAGCAUUGUGCAAGACCCGUAUCCGACCGGUCGCCUCACGCGCAUGCAUGGCGUGGUCAGCGACUACAAGACUGGCAAGCCGAUCCCCAACGCGAUCGUGGACAUCUGGCAGGCGUCGGCCAACGGCAAGUACGACUUCCAGGACGACGCGCAGUCGGUCAACAACCUGCGGGGCAAGUUCCGCACCAACGACAAGGGCGAGUACUACUACUACUGCUACCACCCGACGGCGUACUCGCUGCCGACCGACGGGCCCGCGGGCGUUUUGUUGAAGCUCAUGGACCGCCACCCCAUGCGGCCCGCGCACAUCCACCUCAUGAUCAGCGCCGACGGCUACAAGUCGCUGACCACGCAGCUGUACCCGCGUGACGACCCCUACGUGACCAGCGACUCGGUCUGCGCCGUCAAGGACGACCUGCUGCUCGACUUCAAGCCGUCCGACGACCCCAAGGCCGAGCUGGAUCUGGAGUACAACGUCACGCUGGCGCCGUUGAAGCCUGGCCAGAAGGCCGGCUGGGUUCACACUGUGUUUUAA